AUCGUGUUUGUAGAUGAAUCAGACCCUGACACAUUUGGGUUUCUUGAUCCAGGGCAGGUGAUUCGAGGCACCCAUUUGAUUCCCGCAUUUGCCACAGGACAUGGUACAGGCUCGCUUUGCCAUGGAACAUUGUUAGCGCGUCCUGAUGGUGGGCUAGAUGACUGGGAAUUUUAUUAUAUUGGCAUAUGA